CCUACUACAUGGAGAAGAUACAGACCAAACGUUUGGAGGGGAUACCGGAGCUUCACACACAGGAAUCAGGAUGGUCUAUACCACGGCUCUGCUCUUUGGACACGGAGUGCCCGUCCCUUCGGAGGAAGAAAGUGUCGUAGAGAUGAUCGGAAAGUACUUUUCCCAGCUCACGGCCCCGGGCCAAAAUACGAGUGCAGCCCGGCGGGGCAGCGUUGAGAGCUGCGACGAGAGAGAGAACAACUCUCUUUUUGCCGACUUGGACGCUGGCUUUGAGCAGGAGCGGCUCCUUCAGCAGAAUGUGACCCGGCAGAUGGAGCGCCUUCUGACAAGGGCCAAAGCUUCCACCCUCCACUGCCAGGUGCUGCUGCUGCCUCGCCAGAUGACCACCAGGGUGGGCCAGGACGUGGUGCGCUCCUCUGCGGAUGAGCCCUGCGGGCUCCGGGGCGCCUCCAUCAAAGUCUAUGUGGAGGGCAAAGAUGGCCUGACGUUUGUUGGGAGCAUCUUCCCAGACCCAAGUGUCACCUCGACGUUUGAACUAUCUGUGAUCUUCAAGGCAGAUAAGGAUGACGGCUGGCCGCCACUCAUGCACAUUUUUGAUACCAACAAAGUGUUGAAGCUGAGACCACAGUACCGGCUGGUGAAGAGGAAGCUCUACUCCUCCGCCAGCCCUGUCAUCCAUGAUUACAACUAGGGGCAAUGCUAAGAAUGUAAACCCGUUUCACUACAUUUUGUGUGACUGUGAUUCCUAACUUUACAAGCACAGGUUUGGCCUGGACAGCACAGGGAAAUACUGGAGUUUCCCCGUUUAUAUUAUAUUGUCUGACUUGGAGCAGGAGGUCAAACUGCUUGUUUCCUACACUCUGUAGCCAACAUGUCCACAGCAUUUUGCACAAUGGUUGAACGUUAAAAGUGUACACUGUAAACAUAAACUUCCUUCCAGGACUGGGCAGGUCUCACUCCUGACAUGUGAUGUACUUUUGUUAUUUAUGCAAUUGUAAAGUAAACAUUGUUUUUUUUUUUUACCCAA